AUGUCGAAGUCGGCGGAGGGUUCUGUUGUCGGUUUGCAGUCCUUUGACAAUUUCAUUUUUACAGCUCACUCGUCUGGGAGUGUAAAACUGUUUGAUCAUGACCUCACUACAGAGACUCUACAAUUGUCUGUUAAAGGUCAUUUAUGUGCAGCUAGAUUGACAGCUGGUCAGAUUGCUAUUGGAGGUAAAGAUGUCUCACUGCGCAUAUGGGACAUUAACAACCCUAAAGAGCCAGUUUUCGUUGCCAAAAAUGUUCGUCCAUCUGUUUUGCAACUCGCAGAACCCAUAUGGAUUUCAGACAUCAAUUUUGUUCCAAGGACUAACGGAAAGCUUGUACUCACAGCUUCAAGACAUGGUGAAUUAGAUUUAUAUGAUUUGCGGUGUGGUCAACGCCGACCAGUUGCUCGUCAUGCAUGGCGUACAAGUCGGAAACAUGGUAAACUUCAUGUUGGUAGUGGGAAGCACAGUGCAGUGCUUCCAGACUUGGCUACUACUCGACCUAUAACAAGAGCACUAGUAUAUGAUAAUUCACCUGGCGUAGGAUUACGCGUUGUUGCUGGAAAUGCAGUUGGCGAACUUUCUAUUCUGGAUUUAAGACUCCCACAAGAGUAUUCAAACAUAUCCGAUUGUGAUAGUUCCAUUCCAAUACCUGUCAAAAGUUAUGGAACUCGAGCUCCUGAACCUCCAUCUGGUGUCCGCUGUCUAGCUGGAGCUUCUGGUUGUAUAACUCAGUUAGUGUGUGGUGGAGCUGACGAAGGAAACACCGCAUUGUCAUCAAUCGAAGCAGUUGUAAACGACGAGCCUAUCAUCCUGGUAUCUUCGUUGGAUCGAUAUAUGCGAAUAUAUAAUCGUGAUACGGGGAAACGUCUUGGAAAGAUAUAUGUCAAAUUUCCUGUGACAUCAUUUCUUGUAAAUAGCACAACAAGUUUCAAAAAUCUUGAAAAGUUUUUAAAGAAAAACGAUGGUGUUCACGCUGCAAAUGAUCCGGAAAGUCAUGGUGAAUCUCAUAAUAUAUCUGAAACAGAACAAAAAGAAUUUGACGAAUUAUGGAGUCAAAUACCAGUUGCCGAAAAUGAGGUUGAUGCUACUUCUAAUAAAGACAAUGAAGAGACUGGGAAUCAUAAAGUUAGUAAACGAAAACGUAAAAAGUAG